AUGGAAGAUUCAGAUGCUUUUUCAUUAUCCAAUGGUAGAAACGUCUCAUGGUUUGACAAUCACAGAAAGUUCUUACCACCGGAUCAUCCGUGGCGAAGGAACAAAAGGUGGUUCAAGGAAGGUCAAACAGUACAUAAGGUUUCAUUUACUGCACAAUCGGGUUUACAAAUUCUUAGGGAGAUUGAGGAUUUGAGGCUCAUGAAAAUAACAGAAGUUGGUUAUGAAGCGAUAAAUGCAAGAAUCUCAAAGAAUAGUGGUUGUGGUUGGAAAAAAAGAAGUAUAUUUUGGGACUUGCCUUACUGGAAGACAAAUCCUAUUAGGCAUAACCUUGAUGUGAUGCACAUAGAAAAGAAUGUGUUUGAUAACAUUUUUAACACCGUGAUGAAUGUCAAGGGAAAAACAAAGGACAAUACCAAAUCUAGAGCAGAUUUAAAAGUACUUUGCCAUCGUCCAGAGUUACAUCGGGAUGAAAGAACCAGAAAGUAUCCAAAGUCUUGUUAUAUGUUCGACAAUAACGCAAGAGAAGUUCUUUGUAAGUGGUUGCAAGAGUUGAGAUUUUCAGAUGGUUAUGUAUCUAACAUGGGAAGAUGUGUUGACAUGAACAAGCUUAAAAUAUUUGGUAUGAAGAGUCAUGAUUGUCAUGUGUUUAUGCAACACCUAAUACCUAUCGCAUUUCGAGAAAUGCUUCCACAAAAUGUCUGGCAACCAUUGGCAGAGUUGAGUGUUUUCUUUAAAGAUCUCACCUCUACCGCAAUAAUAGAGGAACACAUGGGACAACUCGAAAGAAAUAUUCCUCUCAUCUUGAAUAAGCUUGAGCGUAUCUUUCCUCCGAGCUUCUGGGAUUCUAUGGAACAUCUUCCUAUCCAUUUAGCUUACGAAGCACGUUUAGCGGGCCCAGUUCAAUACCGAUGGAUGUAUCCAUAUGAGAGGUAUCUUCGUAGGUUGAAAAAUAAUGCCAAAAAUAAGAAUAGAGUUGAAGGUUCUAUAUGCAAUGCAUAUUUGGUUGAAGAAGCAUCAUCGUUUUGUGCGCACUACUUUAAGUCGCACAUUUUGGCAAGGCAUAAGAAAGUGCCACGAAAUUCGGAUGAUGGUGGGUUGGAGAGGACCAUCCCGGAAUGCUUUUACGUUUUCAAGCAUGCUGGUAAGGGUUUUUGUAAGAAGAAAAAAAGGAAGUUAGAUGAUAAAGAAUAUCACGCAGCUCGCACAUAUAUUCUGUUAAAUUGUGAUGAAGUAAAACCAUAUAUAAAAAUUUAUGAAGACACCUUGAGACAAAUUCAACCAUAUAUUGAAGAUAGCGAGAUUGAUGAUAAACUUGAAACAGAGUUUGCAUCCUGGCACGUGAUCCUUCAUCCAAAGAUUAGCAAUCAAAUCAUGAAAGAUCUUGCAGAAGGGCCAUUGCAUAAGGUUCAACCGUUUAAUGGAUAUGUCGUAAAUGGUUACAGGUUUCACAUUGAAGAACACGGUUCAAGUAAAUCUCCAAUGAAUAGUGGUGUAUGUAUCAAAGUCUCUAGCCACAGUGUAAACGAUAUCGAUUACUAUGGUCGGUUGAUAGAGAUUUUGCAGUUAGAAUAUCAUGCAUUACCAUUUAAGCGAACCAUGUUAUUUAAAUGUUCUUGGUUUGAUCCAACACCAAAACAUGGUACAAGAGUACAUCCACAGUAUAACCUUGUUGAAGUUAACAGAAGAAGGACCUUUAAUAAAUAUGAACCAUUUAUUAUGGCUGUGCAAGCUACUCAAGUGUAUCUUGAAACCUAUCCUAGUCUAAAGAGGACAGUGAAUGAAUGGUUAGCUGUUUGCAAGAUAAAGUCACACUCUGUUGUAGAAGUUCCAAACAUAGCAGAACAACCUCAUACAUUGAAUGAUCCAGCUUUUCAAGAGGAUGGUAGUCAAGUGCAUGAAAUUGAUAUUAAUGUAGACGAGACACCUCAUACGCUAAAUAGUCCAUACGGUGUGCUCAUUGACAUGGAGGAGGAGGAGGAGGAAGAGGAGGAGGAGGAAUACAACGAGGAUGAUGAGGAUGAGGAUGAGGAUGAUGAAGGAGGGGAAGAAGAAAGUGAAUAA